AUGAAAGCGUUCCGGGCACUGUUCUCCUGUCUGCGGGGCGAUCCGAUGAAGAUGGUGCUGGUGGUGCGCACGGAUUUGGGUUUGCGGAAGGGAAAGAUUGCGUCACAGUGCGCCCAUGCGGCCGUUCUGUGUUGCAUGCGUGCCACUGCCGCCGGGUCCGGCAAAGCCAAGCUCGACUCGUGGCUCAGGCAGGGACAACCGAAGAUAGUGCUAAAGGUUGACGGCCUGGAGAAGAUGCAUUUACUGACGCACCGGGCCAAGGCCGUGGGAGUGAUCACUGAAAUAGUUCGCGACGCAGGCAGGACGCAGGUUGCCAGCGGGACGGAAACCGUUCUCGGGCUGGGACCGGAGCGCAGCGAAGUGAUCGAUGCGCUAGUGGAGAACCUAAAGCUGCUGUAG